CACAAAUAGAAACAGUUUUGGCUGCGGCUCAGUUCGGCUUCAUUCGGCUGUUGUAUCACUGCUCUGCUAUUUUGUUUAGGUCUAUUAAAAACUAACAAGUUUUUUUCAUUCUACUCUACAGCAGCUGCAAAUAUUUUCAACAGGGUGGAGUGUCAACAUCUGGAAAGCUGACUGCUGGCAUUCUGCAUUAUUCUAUGCUGUGGAUAGUGCAAAGUCUGACCUGUUUUUUUUUUCUAACUUGGAUCACAGCAGCAAUGACGACCUUUGAUGACCUCCUGGAAGAGGCUGGGAAUUUCGGCCGUUCUCAGAAACGUAUCUUUUUUUUGAUAUGUGUGUGGUCAGUACCUUUUGGAUGUGUGUACGCCAGUAUCGUGUUUCAGGGCUUCGCCCCCGAUCACUGGUGUCGGGACCCUGCUGUGGUGGAGGCGAGGCAGGCCUGUAACUGGAGCCUGGCGGACAGUCGCAGGCUGACGGUGCCUCUGGUGAACAGCUCCGGAGUGCUGCAGCACAGCAGCUGUGAGCAGUACGUGGUGGACUGGAACACAACAGUCACAUGUGAUACACAGGAACUGGACCUGAGUGAGCUCCCAGUUACAGCAUGCAAGAACGGCUGGGAGUAUGAUUAUGAAGGCAGGAAGUCCUUUGUCACAGAGUUUAACCUGGUGUGUUCAGAUGGAUGGUUUGUGGACAUGUACCAGUCUGUUCUCAAUGUGGGCUUCCUUGUUGGCAGUUUUGCUUUUGGUUUCUUGGCUGACAGGUUUGGCAGGAAGGUCAGUCUCCUGGUGUCGACCCUACUGAAUGUGAUUGCAGGGCUUGCGAUGGCUAUGGCUCCAAACUACAUCACCAUCCUGGUGUUUAGGACCAUCCUUGGCUUUUCAUCCAAAGGAGGCUGGAUGGCUUCAUAUGUGCUGCUCACAGAGAUUGUUGGAGUGGAGUACAGAAGGAUGGUGGGAAUUGUUUACCAGAUGUUCUUCAGUUGCGGCCUCCUUAUCCUCCCCCUGCUCGCAUACUUCAUCACUGACUGGCGCUGGCUGCAGGUUGCCAUCACUGCACCUCAGAUCCUCUUCCUGUCCUACUUCUGGUUUGUCCCAGAGUCUCCAAGGUGGCUCAUCUCUCAGAAGAAUUCUUCCAAAGCUUUGGAGAUCACUAAAGCUAUAGCUAAGGAAAACAAGAGGACACUCAAGAGCUUUGAGACGCUGACUGAGGAUGAGGGUGAAUCCUCCUCUGCCUCUUUGCUGGACCUGGUCAGAACUCCAACUAUGAGAAAACACACUUUAAUCCUCAUGUUCAACUGGUUCACCAUUGCAUUUGUAUAUCAAGGCCUCAUCAUGCGGGUGGGGCUGGAUGGAGGAAACGUCUACAUCGACUUCCUCAUAUCUUCCCUGGUGGAGUUCCCUGCUGCCUUUUUCAUCCUCUUCACUAUUGAGCGCAUUGGCAGGCGCAUUCCCUUCGCCUCUUCCAACAUUGUAGCUGGAGCCGCCUGUUUCAUAUCUGCCGCCAUUCCUGAAAGUUUGGUCUGGUUAAGGACGGUGGUGGCCUGCAUCGGUCGGUUGGGGAUUACCAUUGCCUUCCAGUUGGUUGUAUUUGUUAACACUGAGCUCUACCCAACGUUUGUCAGGAGCCUGGGAGUGUCAAUUUGCUCGACUCUGUGCGAUAUCGGAGGCAUCAUAUGUCCCUUCAUGCUCUACAGACUGGCUGAAAUCUGGCUGGAGCUGCCACUCAUCAUCUUCGGAGUGAUUGCGGUGGUAGCUGGAAGUUUGGUGUUGUUGCUGCCUGAAACCAGAGGAGUUCCUUUACCUGAAACCAUUGAUGAUGUUGAGUUUCCUUAUAGGAAAAAGGAGGAUGUCGUGGAGAACCAACAAAUGAAUAACCUUUUAAAAUCAGACCUCAGAAACAACAAGAAACCAAGGACUGUGUGACUUGUGUGCAUGCUAGUAUUGAUUUGACCUUAGCCUAGGUGUUUUUAAAUACAUUUUCUAUAAAGCAUGACUUUCCAACUUC